AGAACGAAAGAGACCACAAAGCGGAAGUUCAAAGACCGGAAGUACAGCACAGCACAGCACCACUCAGAUCUCAUUCGACUUUCAUCAACUUUCGCCCGUCUGAGAUUCGAGUGAGUGCGCACCACAACCAAACGUGCACGCCCCGCUGGUUCCAAUAAUCUCCUCGGAACCCCCGUGACGUCAUAGCUUCCUGCGCUGUAAACUUCAAAGACAACCCGGAAGGGAAGACCCGGUCGGACAACAGGCCAGACCAACACGUACCCUACUCUCAAGUUGAGAUGUGCCAACACAACUUUGACGCCGACAAACGGAGACAGUAACCCUCAUAAGCCUGUCUUGGACAACUGGAAAAAUUAACCCUCAAAACCCAGCUGUGGACAACCGGAGACAUUAACCCUCACACUCCAGCCAGCAGUAUCAGAACGAUCUGAUCAAGGGCUGCCGUUACCAUGGCGACCGGCACGCGUCUGAUGCGUGAGAUCAACGACCAGUUCCUGAGCUGCAAGCUGUGCGAGGGAAAGUUCCGCGAGCCCAAGACUCUGACGUGUCUGCACACGUUCUGUCUCAGCUGUCUGCAGGCGCACUUCGACACCGAGGCCGAGGGACGGUCCGGCCGCUACAGCAUCUACCUGCGUCACGUGACAUGCCCCGUGUGCCAGAGGAAAACAGAACUGCCCACUGGUGGUGUGAGGCGACUCCCCGACAACUUCUUGGUGUCAAACCUCACGGACGUGCUCGCUAAACGAACUGCGACAAAAGAACAGCCGUGUGAAAUUUGCCUGACAGUCAAAAGUAAGUCUGUCGAGGCCAAAGCCAAGUGUUUAGACUGCAGCAAACUGCUAUGCGCCUCCUGUCUGGAGAUCCACCGCUCCACCAAGGUCACCCAACACCACAGUCUUGUCGACCUGCAGGAAGAAAAAAACAUCCAGUGUAAGGUUCACGAAGAAGAACACGUCCGCUACUACUGCUCGGCGUGUGAGGCCUGUAUAUGUGUGCUCUGUGCCUUCCAGGAACACAGAGACCAUGAUGUCUGUGCUUUCAGUGACGUCACAGACAAGCACCGUGAGCAGCUCUCUGGUAUGCUGGACCAAUGUCAAGGUCGACUGCAGGAGGUCACAGACCGACUGGACACUCUGGAUCGCCACGAGAAAGCGGUCAAGGCCGCGAAGGAGAGAAUCCGAGACAUGGCCAUUGCUUACAUAGCUCAGGUGCGAUCCCGGGAACGGGAACUGAUGCAGGAGUUGGACGGUCUGUGUGGCGGUGACGUCAGCAAGCUGAGCCAGGAGAAGAACAGUCUACAUGAGUACAAGGCGGACCUGGACAGUUGUUGCAAGCUUACAGACGUCAUGCUUAAGGAACAAGGCGUGGAUAUUCUACUAGUAAAGAAAGACAUUCAGUCAAAGAUGACGACCCUGUUAGAACCCGUGAAACCCGAUCACGUGGUGGCAGUUGACCUCUCCGAGUUGACUUUUGUCCCUGGUGACGUCACUCUGGGAGAGCUCAACUUUGGGGGAGACAACGUCCAAGCCUCGGAGAACGGCGAGCCGGCGACGAGCAGCAGUGGCGUGGACAGUGACUCCGGAAGCUACGCUACGCCGCCCUCUUCCUUGUCCUCAGGGGUGACCAACAAUUCGCCGGAUGUCCUGCGUGGCCGUGGCGGGAUAGCCAGAGAGAACCACGCUAACACCACAACGAUGUCUGACGUGACGACCACACCCCGCGUGGCACACACAGACUCUCAGACGGACAGGAAGACACUUGUGUCACGUGAUACGAGUACGGUGUCCGUAGAGACGAGAGACAGGGGAAUGGUGGCGACAGCGGCGCAGAGCGUCAAAGCCCGGGGGACCAUGACGGAGAGGAGUGACGUCAGAUCUCUCACAUGUCAAACGGACACGUCGUCCACGACUUCUUCAUCUUCGCAGCUAGGAAGCAAUCAGAGCCUGGACCAACAACCGACAACACCUGUCCGAACUGAACCAAUGCCUGCCCCAGAUCUGCUGCCGUCUUCACCCUAUCUCUACUCCCCUGGGAGGAAGAUCUUCAGUCGCCGCAUCCAAACAGACAUCUCUGCUCUAGACACGGGCACUGAGGAAAAUACGCUGACUGACGCAGAACUGACCAAACUCCUAGCCAGAACGAAAAGGGCGGAUAUGCAGGACACGGCCCCACUAGACUCACCCAGCAGGACACGGAGGUUCGACACGGGCUCCAGUGACCUUGAAGCAAGAAGAACUCGCCGGCGUGCAGCGGCAGCAGUAGCAGCUGCAGAAGUGGAAACUCCCCAGAGAGUGCGAGGAGUAGAAGCCGGGACGAUGACAGACCAGGACGUGAGGGUUGUCCCCGAGACAAGAGACCAGCAGACGUCGCCGGAACCAACCAGUGAGGAGGGCGGUGCCGAGAGGAGAAGACGAACGCCUAAGAUGGAGGAGAAAUACACAGAGACGGAGCGCCUAGAGAAAUCCGACCAGGAGACGUGCACCGUCAACGUGUACAAGGAGAGCCGAGCUGUGCUCACUGACCAGGUGUCCACCUGUGACCGCGCGACGGACAGCGUGAGCACAUCCACCCAGCACCGCGCGGUCGGGACCAUCCAAGUGCGGCGUGAGAACUUUGCUGUCCAGGUCAAUCCCAAAGUGAACGCGGCUACGACCAACACACCCAUCACAAUGCAGUGCGAUCAGGAAUGCCAGGCUAGCGACUUCCUAGAGAACAGCGCAACAGUUGUGUCGUCCUCCAGCCAGCCUACACGUGAGACUAGCGGCAACAGCGAAGAGAAGAGAGGAGGGGGCAGUGGCGUACAAUCUCUCGCUGGUGGUGCUUCUGGCAGUUUAGUCACAAGAGACACCGCCAGCGACCCCAUCAUUUUCCCACGCCCCUGUAAGGCGACCGAGACUACCAAGAUCAGGACUUCGACGGCAGCUACCGAAACCACCGGCGUGAAGAAAGUGGACAGAGACACAGCCACACAGCCGACCAAGACCGUGAACCAGUGGACGGAGACUGUCAACCCACAGAUGGUGAGCACAGGCAUCACCCCACCCCGCCCCGCCACUCUGGAGACAGGGGUGGGCACGACACCGGUCCUGACCAACGACGAGGCGACAGGCACGGACGUGAAGUCUUACCGCGACUCCCACACGGAGAUGGUGCUGCUGGUCUGUGACAACGAGACGCUGACAGACGCUCCGCUACACGCCGACGCCCAGACCAGCAUGGAGGUGAUCACAGACACCGCCGCUUGCGGGACAGACAGCGUAGACAACACUGACGAAGGUUCCAUGACCGAUUUCCAGGGCAACAGACGUCAUGGUGGUAGAGUCGACGACGCAGCGACUGGAACCUCAACCCCCAGCAGUCAGUCCCCCUCACCCCAGCCCGGGCAAGCCUGUUCCAAAUGCGGGCACUGUGUACCAUAUCCUGGGUCUUCUACACUUUCCACGGGUGACGGCGCCGUCGAUAAAGAUCACGGCGGUUUGUCCAGACAGGCUGGUGGAGUGGGCAACGCUGAAGGAGUUAACUCCCCUUCCGCUAGCGGUGGCGACAGCGCGAUACGCAAGACACAGGACGUAGGCACGAUGGCGAUGUCGUGUUCCUCGUACCGGCCGACACUGCAGGACACAGGUGUGCAGACGCCUCAGCCACGUCUGCUGGACAAAGGCUCCGUCACUUCCGGGGACUGGGAGGAGGACAUGACGUGUCUACGGCCGCUGGCCAGGGAGCAUCAGGACGCGGCCACCAGCACGGAGUCCCUGCCUUACAUCGGCCUGCUCAGUGAGAUAGACGUCGACGAACUGAUCGUGGUCCCGGAAGCAGCGUUUGAGCUCGUCUCCGACUCCGACUCGGACAAUGACGUCAUCAUGGUGGACACCCAGACCUCCACAGACUUUGUCCAGUGCGUAGAAGAGGGGACUCAGACCCGAGAGCUAGCCACGUCAUCGGUGUCUGGGAUGACGUCAUCCAUGGUGACCUCUCAGGACUCGACGUUUAGCGGGCUGGCAAUGAAUGGAUCUACCAGUUCAUCUCAGAGUCGAGACAAGAGGUGUGUAGGAGAGAUCAUCAAGUCUAUGGUGGAGGUGGACGGAGGGGGAGGAGUAGGUGGGGGAAGCGGCGUGUUUAGAGACGAGUGGGAGAAACAUUUGGUGAGCAUCGGUGUAAAUACAGAAAACGCCCUCACAUUAGAGAAAGAAACUUGCACACCGAUGAGGCAUCUCUUCUCCAAAGGAACCAUGACCUUUUACGUGUCCAAAAUGGAUAAAUCUACCAGCACCUUGGGCCAAGCAAGUACGCUGAAACCUGGAAUGUUACCCAGCAUCAAGUCAAGGUCAGCUGACAAGGUAACCAUGACGUCGCAGACGGACAGAAAAGAUGUGGCUAUUGAGACGGACAGCACUAGGCUGGACGGCCGGAUCACAGCCUGCAUCUCCAAGCUGAGAAAUGUGUCCGAACGACUCAACAGCCCGACCCGCCGGAAAACGUCUGAUGGAGACGUAUUUUUCUCUUCUCACCCGGCAGCCGGCCAGACUCCUAAGUCGGACUUAUUGAGUCCAAACGAUGUCCCUCAACGGGCGCAGCCUAAACCACCAGGAAGUCCUGAAGCUGGUCGUCAACUACAGGUCCGGAAUCUGCUAGAGCAGGCCGACAUCAAACUGAGACAGAAGGACACGCCCACCAUCAGAAAACCUCAGCCAAUCACAACCCUGAAAGGCAGACGGCCCUCCCAGCCGACCACCAAGGUCACAAGCAGCGUGGACGGCGGUAAAUCAGGGGAAGACAACCAGGGAGACAACAGCUGUGAUGGCACUCAGAGUCUGCCGCGGAAACUGAAGGCCGAGCCUCGUUCUGGAGUUGUCCGGAUGGGGAGCCAGCCUUUGGCUCCAAGUAGGCUUCCUCUGCUGCGAUACAACUCCGCCCCAGGUCGCAUAGCAACGGUACCAACACAAACGCUGCUCAACAAAGCGGCAGAAAGUGCGGGUCAGAUCGCCGGUAGUCGCAGCCCUCGAGUCUCCCCGAGUAAAAUCCCCAUCACCAAGAAGAAGAGCCCUCCAGAUUACGUUGUCCCCGCCCACGCUGUCCGGAAGGAUAGCCAUCCGGACGAGAAGCCACCGCUGAGACGGCCCCUCCCCAGCAUUACGGAGACUCGAACUUCUUCCUCCUGCUCGGACGCCUCUUCUUCCUCCUUCGCCUCAGCCUCCUCCGCGACCGCGGGCGCCGCCGCUACCUCACGUCCUUCCUCGGGCACCCAGGACGUCCCAACUACCUCCUCCCCCUCCUCCUCUCAGACCAGCUCUGGUGUCUUUGCUCCUCCCUCUCCUGCCAUGAUGCCCAAACCUCUGCUGGGGCCCGACCUUCUGAUCACAGUUCCAGCAGCAAGAUCUGAUGGCACCCCCAGCCCUGCCACAAGCAUGCCCCCAAGCCCCCGACCCCGGUCUUCGUGUACCUCCAUAUCUCACACCACAUCCUCCUCCUCCUUAGACAAAGACAAAAGUUCAAACACAACAACCCCCAGGGGUUCCACAGACACAAUAAACAGCACGAAAGGAGGGGAGGAAAAAGAGAAAUCGGAAAAACCUAAGAAAAGUGGAGGUUUAGGCUUCAUGCAACGUUUGUUGUCUAAAAAGAAGAAGAGUUCUGACACGAAGAAAGAGAAGCCGCCGGCCUGUAAACCCACCUUGCCCCCAGCCGAAGCUGCUGCUGCCCUGUCCACCGCCACCUUACCGCCCCCGAGCGCACCCGAAACACCACAACAACACUGGCCUCAGCUACAACUUCCCCCGCACCAUUACCCCCCAAUGCCUGAACCUAAAUCCCCCUCUCCUCCCCGAAAGCCCCGCCCUUUCGUCAUUGUGAGACAGCGAGUGGUCUCCAUUCAGCAGGACAAUGUAGAGCACGUGGAGGAGAAGAGAAGGGGCAGCACUGUGGAAAUUCCCGGAGCUCGCCCUGUGAAAGUGGGCGGGUCUAGCGUGGACGCCCCUCCGAAAGCCGCCGGCGCAACAGGGGACCAGAAGAAAGCAGAAGUCGUGAAAAAACGAGAGGCAGCCACGUCGAAGAAAGACGGAGCGUCAGGCGAAAAAGAAAAGUCGAAGAAAAAAGAAGUAAGGGUCAAGUCGAAGAAAGAUGACGUGUCUGACAAAGGGAAGAAACAGAAGUAAUAAUAAUUUGUUGUGUACGCAGAUCGGCAAGGAUACAACACCUCUCAAUCAUAUAAUAAUAUACAUUGAAGGUUGACAACCCCCCAAAAGGAAAGCUUUCGUUAGUCAAAGGUACCGUGAGAAGAUAACGACAAACAAAAAAGCCCCCCCCCCUCCACCUCCCGCAUCCACAAAUAAAGUCAAUUGAGGUAGAUCAUGUAAACAGAGCUGGAUGGUGUUAAAGAUGUUCUUCAAAAGAAUAGAUAAUCUACAACAGAAGCCGCCCACCUACCCUUUGACAGAAAAUAAUUAUUGCACUUGCCCUUGGAUUCUCCCGAUACGAAAAAGGACAAGCUAAUAGAAAAGUACGUAACAGAAGGUGGCCAGUUUACGGCAGGGACCAAAUCAAAUUCCCCCAAAGAAAAAAAGAAAAUAGAGAAAGAGUACUGGAAGGUUUGUGUUUGUUAGACUUAGAGCGAACGACUCGAAUGAAUCUGCGUGCGUUGAAAAUAAGGACUGAAAUAAUGAUAUUACGGUUUUUUAUUCGCUUGCUUUACAAAAAAAAUACAUCUUCCACAAUGAAUAAUGUUAAUUAACAUGAUGAUGGAACGCAAUUAUUUGGUUCAAGAUGAACGCUGAGUAUGGCAUACUUGUUGAACAUGAAUAUAUCAGAACUUUAAUCCAAUUUUACAUAUAUAUUUUCUUAUGUAAGCAUAUAAAAACAGGAACUCUCUUUCUUCCUUCAGUUGGUCCAAACACAUUAUACAAAAAUAAUCUUAAUCUUAAAUCACGUCUUGAUCCAUUCUUCUUCAAAAGUCAGGCUCCCUUCGUUUUGUUUCGUGUAAAUAUUUGGAAGUUUCUCGUCAACUUCCUCAUACACAUGUCACCCUCAUGAGCUUUCAUCAAAUCUUUUUUAAUCCUUGACACGUAUCCAUUCACAUUAACAUAACAGUCAUACACACAGUGUAACGUUCCGAAUUUCAGUGUGACGAGUAUUUGGUGUGUUAAAUAAACAUAUUAUAUAAUAAACAAAUGAGGUACGUAGGCGUGUAUUAAAAUAAUCCUAGAUCGUGCACUGUUGCGUAUUUCUGAUUCACUAUGGAGCGCAUUGUUUGACUAAAAUUUAGCCAAAUUAAGGACUAGGGUGGAAGAUGCCGCGUGCACUCGACUAUGGCGAUACUGUUGUUUUUUCCAUUCAUUUGGACGUAAAGGCAAGGCUCAUAGUGCUGACAGAGAAGUUUUUAUAAAGAGAGCAGAGAGCGGGCGGACAUGACAGUGUGUGAUCUAGGGAUAUAUUAUAAUGUCAAUGGUAUGGAAAUAAUGGUAUUUGAGAAUUGUCUAUUACAGUGUCGUAGUUCCUCAUCAUUUGACAACGAACUGAAAGCAUGGUUUGUGAAAUGAAACGUGUAGGCCAAAGUCUGUAUUAUUCAACUGUGAUAACGUGUAGAUGUAGAUUUAUAUAUUAUUAUUAUAUUAUUAUCAGUAUAUACUUGAAUGUAUUUAUUUAUUACACCCUCGUUGUAUUUUUGCAAACUAUAUUUAUAUAUACGUGUAUGUAUUAUUACUCUUUUUUACAACCCUUUUUCGAGCUUUAUUUUUAGUUAGCUGAAGAUGCCACUUUCAUUGUACAAUUAUUUUCUCUUUGUUGAAGAAUGACAUUAAACAUACAGUUGUAUGUUUGGACACGUUGCACAUUUGAA